UCUUAUAAAAUCUCUCUUUGCAGCUCACUCUUUCCAUUCUUCAUUUUCCUCCAUCUAAUUUCUGCACACACACACACAAACUUCUCUCAGGAUGGGUAAGGAAAAAAUCCAUGUGAGCAUUGUUGUUAUUGGACAUGUCGACUCUGGCAAGUCCACCACUACAGGUCACUUGAUCUAUAAGCUUGGAGGUAUUGACAAGCGUGUCAUUGAAAGAUUUGAGAAGGAAGCUGCUGAAAUGAACAAACGUUCAUUCAAGUACGCAUGGGUUCUUGACAAACUUAAGGCAGAGCGUGAACGUGGUAUUACCAUUGAUAUUGCCUUGUGGAAGUUUGAGACCACCAAGUACUACUGCACGGUCAUUGAUGCCCCUGGACAUCGUGAUUUCAUUAAGAACAUGAUUACUGGUACUUCCCAGGCUGACUGUGCUGUUCUCAUCAUUGACUCUACCACUGGUGGUUUUGAAGCUGGUAUUUCCAAAGAUGGACAGACCCGUGAGCACGCUCUCCUUGCUUUUACUCUUGGUGUCAAGCAAAUGAUUUGCUGUUGUAACAAGAUGGAUGCUACCACACCUAAGUACUCUAAGGCAAGGUACGAUGAAAUUGUGAAGGAAGUGUCUUCAUACCUCAAGAAGGUUGGAUACAACCCAGACAAAAUUGCAUUUGUGCCCAUCUCUGGUUUUGAGGGUGACAAUAUGAUUGAGAGGUCUACAAACCUUGACUGGUACAAGGGUCCAACCCUUCUCGAGGCUCUUGAUGCUAUCAAUGAGCCCAAGAGACCAUCAGACAAGCCACUCCGUUUACCACUUCAGGAUGUUUACAAGAUUGGAGGUAUUGGAACUGUGCCAGUGGGACGUGUGGAGACUGGUAUCAUCAAGCCUGGUAUGGUGGUUACUUUUGGACCAACUGGUUUGACAACUGAAGUUAAGUCUGUUGAGAUGCACCAUGAAGCUCUACAAGAGGCUCUUCCUGGUGACAAUGUUGGUUUCAAUGUUAAGAAUGUUGCUGUCAAGGAUAUCAAGCGUGGGUAUGUUGCAUCCAACUCCAAGGAUGACCCUGCUAAGGGUGCUGCCAGUUUCACUUCUCAGGUUAUCAUCAUGAACCACCCGGGUCAGAUUGGAAAUGGUUAUGCUCCAGUGCUUGAUUGCCACACCUCACACAUUGCUGUUAAGUUCUCUGAAAUCUUGACCAAGAUUGACAGACGAUCAGGAAAGGAAAUUGAGAAGGAGCCCAAGUUCUUAAAGAAUGGAGAUGCUGGUAUGGUUAAGAUGCUUCCCACCAAGCCCAUGGUUGUUGAGACAUUCGCAGAGUACCCACCACUUGGAAGAUUUGCAGUGAGAGACAUGCGUCAGACCGUUGCUGUUGGUGUUAUCAAGAGUGUGGACAAGAAGGACCCAACCGGAGCCAAGGUGACCAAGGCAGCAGCCAAGAAGGGAGCCAAGUGAUCUGUUCUUGUUUGAGUAUGGAGUCUUUAAUUUUUCUGUUGUUUCAUUUACUAGUUUUGAACCUUAUAUUUUGUUUGAAGAGUUUUGGUAUUACAUCCCUGGAACCUUCAUUCUUGUGAAGGUUUUUGAGGGUUUCAGACUUUGUUGUGGAAUUUUAUAGUAGGUGGUGGUUAAAACAAUUUGAAAUUUGCUA